AUGGAGCACAGCAGCAGAGUGGACAGGAGGAUCCUGGCACUGAGAGCACGAGCCCAGACACUCGACUUGGAAAGGAAAGCGUUCAUCCAUCUGGUUGAACAGCUCAAAGAGGAGAUCUCUGAGUACCAGAAGAGGGAGAAGCAAGGAGUGCCUGCGCCAGCCGAGGCUGAAGGAGUCACUGUGCCCUCACUGCAGACACAGGGCACAAAGGAUGAAGGGAGGGGUGAAGGAGACUGUGUUCCAAGCAAAGCUGGCUCGGAUGAAGAAGAUGGGUAUCAGGAUAGUGAAGCACUGCAUAGAAGGUGCUGGGAGGUGAUUGAGAACAGCAUUGAUUCACAGCUCCUUCCCAAGCUGCAUAAACUGGAGCAGGAGCACAAGGCUUUGGUUGAGUGCAGUGAAGAUCUGGAAUCGACUCCGGGAGAGACACGGAUCCAAAGCAAGCAGGAGAAGGAACACUUUGAGGUCGAGGUGGAGGGACUUCAACAGCAAGUUAUAAGUUUAGAAGCAGAGUUACUUCAAGUGCAGAAGAACAAAGCUGAGAUGAAUGGGGAUGAGCAGGCGUUGUCCGGAGCGCAAGAGAUGCAAGAGAUGUUGAAAAGCUGUCAGGAAACAAUAGAAAAGCUGGGGAGUCAGCUGGGAGAGCGGAGAGAACGCAGGAGGCAGCUGGCAUCUGAACUGGAACUCUUACGAGAAGAUCUGAAGGCUGAGAAGAAGGUGCUGGGCAGCCAGGGCUCUGAACUCCUACAUGAAAAAGAACAGAUUGAAAACCUCGAGCAGAGACAUGAAGAUCUAUGUACAGAUGAAAAGAGACCUGAAGACCAGAUCAGGAACUCGAGGGAUGAACAAGAACUGCUCUGUCCUGAGUUACCAGGCAGCAACAAGAAGAGGAAGGAGCUAGAAAAGCAAAGCAAUGAAGACAAGCAGAGCAGGGAGACAGCGUGCUUGGAGACACCUUGA